AUGCGCGGAUACCUUGUAUCCAAGUUUUUAAUUAGUGUCUGUAACUCAUGUAAACCUGGUUGGUUUGGUACAAACUGUCUACAGCAGUGUUCUGCAUGUAAGGCGGCAUGUCGUAAAUCAGAUGGCAUUUGUAACGACUGUAUUAAUGGUAGAUAUGGUAACAACUGUGAAAGAACGUGUGAAGUUACUAACUGUAUAGGUAACUGUGAUAGGAAUACAGGACAAUGUUCUAGCUGUACAAGAGGUUACUUUGGUACCAACUGCCAAUCAAGCUGUAAUGAUGGCUGUCUAAACAGUUACUGUAAUAAAGAUGCUGGUGUCUGUAGUGAUGGGUGUAUCAGAGGAAGAUAUUCACCAAACUGUGGAUCCAAGUGUACAGUUACCAACUGUGUCGGUGACUGUGAUAGGACUACAGGACAAUGUUCUAGCUGUACACAAGGUUACCAUAGUACCAACUGUCAACAUAGAUGUAAUGAUGGUUGUAUAGACAGUUACUGUAAUAAAGAUACUGGUGUCUGUAGAGAUGGGUGUAAACCAGGUUUUAGUGGGAGUAAAUGUGAGCCAUGUUUAGUAGGUAAACAUGGCAUCAACUGUGAAUCUACAUGUAUAGUUGCUAACUGUGUAGGUAACUGUAUUGGGAAUACAGGACAAUGUAGUACAUGUAAUCUAAAAUGGUACGGUGCAAACUGUGAAUCGUCAUGUUCAACAUGUAUGACGUCAUGUGUUAAAUCAGAUGGUAUUUGUAAUGGUGGAUGUAGUGAUGGUUAUUGGGGUAACUCGUGUCAACAACAAUGUUCUAAUAACUGUAAUAGUGGGGGAUGUAGACAGGUAGAUGGUUAUUGCACUAGUGGUUGUAAAGAAGGGUGGUAUAGAGAUAGAUGUGAUGCAUCUUGUAUAGUUGAUCAGUGUAUAGGUGGUUGUAACAUGAAUACAGGAAAAUGUUCUACAUGUAAACCUGGUUGGUAUGGUGAUAGGUGUGAAACUAGAUGUUCUAGUAAUUGUACUGAAGAAUGUGAUAAAUCAACAGGUAGAUGUACAGAAUGUAAAUCGGGAAUAUUUGGUAAUUAUUGUUAUAUACUAUGUCCUGUUAACUGUUUCGAUAAUUGUUCCAGGGACGAGGGUAAAUGUAAUAGUUGUAAACGCAAUACAGUUGGUCUAUAUUGUAAUUCAACAUGUGGUGCUGAAUGUCUACCAAUUACAGAUGGGACACAAGAAACAUGUGAUAGAAAUGGUACAUGUACUGAAUGUAUUGUAGGAAGAUAUGGUGAUGGCUGUGAUUUAAAUUGUAGUACAACAUGUGUUGGUAACUGUAGUAGGAAUGAUGGUAGCUGUACUGAAUGUAUUGUAGGAAGAUAUGGUGAUGAAUGUGAUAAGACUUGUAGUACAACAUGUGAUGUUAGAUGUGAUAGAACUAAUGGUACAUGUAGUUUAUGUAUUAAAGGAUACAGUGGAGAUACCUGUAAUAAAGAGUGUAAUGAUAACUGUACUGUUUGUAAUCAAGAUGAUAUCAACAACUGUUCGCAAUGUAAAAAUGGAAAAUAUUAUGGAACAUCAUGCAAUUACCAAUGUAGUUCUAACUGUAAGCUUGGUUCCUGUUAUCCGGAAAAUGGAAACUGUUUGGCUGGUUGUGUGAAGGGUAAAAUGGGAAUGGAUUGCUCUAACAAUUGUACUUGGGGAUAUUAUGGUGAGAAUUGUAUCAGCGAGUGUGGAAAGUGUGCUAAGAAUGCAACAUGUCUGAUUACCAACGGAAGUUGCCAAUUGGGAUGUAUGCAGGGUUAUACAGGAGAUACUUGUCAAGACCCUUUCGGCCUUAAUUAUGUUGUAAUAGCUGUUGUUGUUUCCGUUAUUCUUGUUGUUAUUGUUUUAAUUAUCGUGGGUGUGGUUAUGUUGAAAAGAAAAAGAAAUAAAAGUAAUAUGCCAGGACUAGAAUCUGACGAUAAUAAAUAUGAAAACUUCACUUUAAAGAAAUCGAUUAUUAGAAACGAUACAUCAGACGAAGAUGAUGUCCGAGAAUCAGUUUACGUAAAUGGUGCUAGACAAGCUGUUUAUGUUAAUGAUGCUAGACCAGAUGUUUAUGAGAACAUUCAAAUUACACGAUCCAAAACUUGUAUUGAUCUGAAGGAUUUGUGGGAAACCAUUCAAAGAAAGAAACAAGAUGAAUCUUUUAAACCAGAAUAUCAGAAACUGCCAAAAGACUUGUGUUCACCAGUUGAUGUUUGUCUGAACGAUGUUAAUCGACCUAAAAAUAGAUACAAAAACAUAUGUGCAUUUGAUCACACACGGGUGAAACUAGAUAUUGAAAAUGAUGACCCCACUUCAGAUUAUGUCAACGCCUGUUAUAUUACUGGAUAUGGAAAUAUCAAGAAUAAAUACAUCGCGGCACAAGGGCCUAAUGAUGUUAACAUCUAUGAGUUUGUCAGAAUGCUUUGGGAUGUUAAAACAGGAAAGAUUGCUAUGGUUACUAAUCUACACGAAGCCGGUGCUAUGAAAUGUUUGAAAUACUGGCCAUCGAGUGGCAAGGUAAAGACUUUCAGAAAGAUAAAAAUUGAACUGAUUGAGGAGGAUGUAUUGGCCCAUUUUACUAUUAGGACAUUGAAAAUAUCAAAAGAUGGAUGUGGAUCUCGGACAAUAAAACAUUGUCAUUAUACAUCAUGGCCUGAUAAAGGUGUCCCUACUGAUAUGGCGUCAUUGGUAGAAUUCAGAAACAAGAUACUUAAAGUCAAAUCACCACAACCAGGACCAAUGGUGGUACACUGUAGUGCUGGUAUUGGACGGACAGGAACAUUUUUAGCUUUAGAUUAUCUGAUAGAAGAAGGUAAAGCUGAAGGUUCUGUUGAUGUUUUUAAAUGUGUUUCACAGAUGAGAAAAGAAAGGACGAAUAUGGUUCAAACUGAUGAUCAGUAUGUAUUUCUACAUGAAGCUAUAUUAGAAUGGUAUAUAGCUGGUGAUACUACAACUACUGUUACAGCUUAUCAAGGUGUUUAUCAAGAUCUUCUUAAAGUUAAACAAAGUUCUGGUAAAUGUGAACUAGAAGAAAGGUUUGAAAUGAUGGGACAGGUUUGUCCAAAAUAUACAGACGCUGAUUAUUCUACAGCUUUACUGAAAGAAAAUAAAAUUAAAAAUAGAGUGUCAACAAUAUUAGCGUAUGAAAAUACUAGAAUACUUUUGACGAUACCGGUUCCUAAUACAACAGAUUAUAUCAAUGCUGUUUAUAUACCAAGUUACAGAAAGAAAAGAGCUUAUAUAUUGACCCAGACACCAUUACCUAAUACUGUUAUAGAUUUCUGGAGAAUGGUUGUACAAAAGGAAUCUCAAACAAUCGUUCACAUGGAUCAUGGACAAGAUAAAACUAAGGGUAUUGGUCAGUACCUACCAGGAGAUAAACCACUAACCUGUGACCCCUUUACUAUAACUAAAACAGAAGAAAUACAACAUGAGUUUUAUACAAUUAUAACAUGUCAGGUUACAGGCAAUUCACAAGAUAAUGAGAUAGAUCAUACGGUAAGAAUCUACCAGUGUACAUUCUGGAAAGGUGAAGAAACCACACCUAAAUCAUCUGCUCCAUUUUUCACCCUGUUGGAACACAUUCAAUCAUGGACAUAUGAUCAAAAAGAAAACCCAAUUAUUGUACACUGUCGAAAUGGAGUGAACAAGGGAGGACUAUUUUGUGUUCUGGCAGCCAUUUUAGAACGACUAACCAUAGAACAAGACGUCAGUGUGUUACAGACUAUAAUACAGCUUCGAGUAUCCAGACCACAAAUUAUUACUUGUUACGAACAAGUGAAAUUUUGUUUCGAUGCUGUUGGUAAUUAUCUGGAUCAUUUCUCAACAUAUGCCAAUUCUUGUUGAUUGUAAUUAUAAUAUCCUAUUGUAAUAGUGUGAUAAUUGCAAAAUGUUUUUAAUUGCUUUCGUGAGCUGGUUUUGGAUUUUCUUUUUUAAUUGUAUGUUAAGUUUGCUACAAGGUUUGCUUUAUUAUUUAAAGUUUAUACUAUUUAAUGUAUACAUGGGCUUAGGUCUGAACUUAAUGGUUAUAUUUUGUUUAUUAUGCUUUAUAAAUAUUUCAAGUUUAUUAUAUUAUAUUACUAUUGCAUUUUGUUAAAAACAUUGCAUCUUGUUUAAACUAUAAUAUGUUGUUAAAAAGUAUUAUAUUUUGCUGCUAAAAGUAUUAUGUUUUAUACGCAUUUUAAAUAUAUUUUUUUUCGUUAAACCCACUAUAUUUUGUAUUGUUAAGCUAUAUUUUGUUUUGUUAAAUACUUAUAUUUUGUUAAA